ACUUCCCUGAGUGGAGAAGUGAAGCGGAGCGCUGUGCGGAAGCGCUGUUCGUCGGGAGCCUUUUGCUGCACGUUUGAAAUUCAGGGCAGGACGUAGGGAUGGGGGAGGCAGGCCGCCUGCCUGGCUAGUCACCGCCCCGAAGCUCGCUAAAGAAACGGCUACCAAGAUGGAGUUUAAAAUUGAGCAUACAUGGAACAGCAUCCCAGUGUCUCAUGAUCCAGUAGUGAUAAGGCUUAUAGCUGAAAAUGGAGGAAUAUUGAUGGAAGUGACUGCUCCAUUUUUUAAUGACCCACCAGCUCCUCCUGGUGCACCAGGAAAGCCAUUCAAUGGACUAUGGGACUAUGAAGUUGUAGAAGCAUUCUUCUUGAAUGGGCAAACUCGUCAGUACUUAGAAGUGGAGCUUUGCCCGCAUGGACAACAUCUUGUGUUGUUACUUUGCGGCAGACGAAAAAUAUGCAAACAAGAACUUCCUGUAAAGUUUGAAGUGUCAAGAACAAGUGCCAAAUGGAAUGGCAGAGCUCACCUGCCUUGGAGCUAUUUUCCAGCAGCCAGUGACAAAUUUAAUGCAUUUGCGAUUCAUGGAUCCAGUGUGGAUAGAACAUAUGAAGCCCUUUACCCUGUGCCUCAGUGUGACAUUCAGAAAGAACAGGAACCUGAUUUCCAUCGUCUAGAAUAUUUUAGAAGUCUCAACCUGACCCUGUUAAUGGGAGAAGAUUGGAAGCAACCUAUAUCAGAUUUGUGGGCAUCAUGCAAGCAUACCAAUUAAAAAGGACAAGAAGUGCUGAAUAGCUUGAAAAAAGGAAAUGGAAGAAACCUGCUUUCCUGAAACCACACUUCUGCAUUCUAAUGGAUGUGAACUGGAGAAGUAAUCAAGUUGUUUAAGCAAAUCAGCAAUUAAUGCUACUCACAAGCAUGCACUGAAGAAUUAAGUCUCUCCUGGUCUGCUGUACCCUCUAGACUAUCAUUGGAUUUUAAACGUUCAUAUAUUCCUGACUUGAGCAUGUAAUUCUGUCAUUUUUAGUGACUCUUCCUGAACCAGCUGCACAAUCUAUCUGUUGCUCUGUCACCUCUGUUGUGUCUUGAAUACUUAAAUGGACACUUUUCUUCAGUGGAAGCCCACCUUUGAAGUAUUAAAAAAGAUCUGUGGGUCUGUCAGUGUGACAUAAACAUAUGAUUUCCAUAAAAAUCUACUUUAUUUUACAAAAAUAAGCAUUGUCAAUGUAUUUAAGCCAGAAGCUGUUAAUCAUGGAGUUACAUAUUGUGAGCUAAACUGUAUACUUUGUUUUUGGUGUUGUCACACAAGUUUUCCUUUCUCAUGCUAAACUGAUAGCCUUGUGAAUGAAUAAUGAAUCCAGCGAUAUUGAUUCAGGUGGUUUUCUGUCAUCUCUUUCCAUUAUAGGGAAAGUUUUCAUGUCAUGCUAACCCACCCUGUAAAUAACCGACAGUCGUCAUCUCUUUUUCCACCACAUUUUUAAGCUUUUCUUCAGCCACUGUGGUUUUCUCACUUCUAUCCUUUUUUUCCUCCCAGAAGUUGCAUUUCACAAUUGCUGAGCUGACAGGCCCUGACAGCCCUUCCAGAGUGCUCAAGCAGCACAGUCACUAUUUGUCAUCCCUCUUUUAAUUAUUUUAUAAGCAUAAAAAUUUUAGCAAUUAAAAACAUAUUUGGCCUUGCAUAUUUGUGAAAGUCAAAAGUAGGAAGCCUUCCCUGGGCAAUGUCUUGGGAGGUAACCGCAAACUGCAGCAGGCACCAGUGAUGGACAUGGACCUAUUUACAUCCUCUCUGGGUCCAUUUUUACUUUGUGCUGUCUUGGCAGCUGUCAAAAGGCAUGCUAUCAAGGGAAAGCCAAAGGCGCAAGGGAUUUUGCUUGUGAAAUGGGGUAGCAAGUAGCUCACCUCCUUCACAGCAGCGUAUAGGUUAUUUGGCUGGUUGGUUGACUCUCACUUUUCCUAGCUUCCUCAUGCGGUCCAUCCAUUCUUUAAAUUCUAGGUACUUGUAAAAGUAGAAAAGUGCAGGCCACCCUUUUAUGGGAACAGAGAGCUUAUAUAAAUUGUCAAAGAUCGAGCUUCCUUUUAAAAUUGGGGUUUUUUACAGGGAUCACUUGAGACAAUGGAAUUCAAACUGAACCAAAAGUUCUUGGAGAGUAUCUCUGCUUCAGUAUAGCUGCAUUAUGGCAUCUGUAUAUGGCAUUGCCUAAAAUGUAAGGAAACAUAGUUAACAUUGUAUGAGAAAAUGGAUAUAUUGGAUAUUUCUGUUGCCUGGUACUCUCAGGGGGACAUUCUGAAAAGAGCAAAGCGUCAUGUAUUCAUGGAGGCUUUCCAUGAAUGUUUUGAAUGCAGGAAAAUCGAUGUUCCGGAUCGCGUGGAGGACCUCUUAAGUCAACCCAGGUACUUGUUUUCAGAACAUAGCCCUUCAGGAUGGUGUCAGCUCCAGGGUUUUGAAGACUUUGGGACAAUAGUUCCUUAAUGUGCUCUUUCCAUCAGUGAGUUUCUCCUCAUCUUCGUCACCAGCUGCUUUUGCUCUUCCUCAUCUCUAACCAUUGCUGACAUUCUUGGGGGGACCCCUGUCAGGGUGUCACUGUGGCUGAAGCAUAACCAUACCUAGCCUGUAUUGCUUUUCUCUUUGGGUUGGGGCCAAUGAAAGCAAUGAGGGAGAAGGGAGGGAAGGCCUAGCACGCUCCCCCUCCUAAUGUGCUUGGCAGACUUACAUUGAUAAUACCUGAAUAAGGCUUAAGUCUUGAUUCAAUCCCCUAUGUUUUAUUACUGCAAUAAUGGGUAUAUGUUUUAAGUGCCACAAAUUCUUUACUAUAAUCAUAGCCCACUGAUUAAAACUUAGUUAAUUAUUAAAGCCUUGUCAAGGUUACCCAAUACUGUUAAUUACUUCUUGAAAAUAAACAUCUCAGAAGCCUCCUGGCUCUUAUAAUGGAGCUGUGGUAUAUGAGGUGUGCUGAACUCUUUAUUGCCUGAUGGCUUUGAAAAUGCAAUUUUUACUUGCUGCAACUUUGAUCACUAUGUGCAUUACUUCCCCUGUGCACUACUUCAUACCAAGCAGGUAUUGCAUAAUUUUUUGUGGGUUGUCCAGUUAGAGAGUGGCCUGCUUUCAUGUUUAAUGCAGAUUUUAUUUCCUCCUCUUUCUUCCAUAAAGAUUUUUAGUAAGAUAAAGGCUUUGAUUCCUCUUAUAAAACAUAAGGGAUGGUUAUGAGUCAUUUCAAUAUGAACAAACUCUUGUGAGAAUUAGUGUAGGGGGGAUGGAACAACAUUUCAUCCUGUUCCUUCAGCAGUAAGAUUGUCAAAGUGCUUAGGAAAUUAGAUAUUCUGUACUAAAAAGUUAUAAGUUAGUUUAAGUUAUAAGCUCUGCAAGAAGUAAGAUCAUUGGUUUAGUGAGAAGCAAAUCUUUGCCACUAUUUCUCAGGAUUGGGAUGUGUGAAAAUAUUUGUGUUGGAGCUGUGAGUUCCAGAAAUGAUGUUCACUCUUGUUUUUGCUUUGUUUAAUACUUUUAUUGGAAAUUGAUUUUUUUCUGUUCUGACAAUAGACCAUAUUUGUGGAAAGAUUCAUGCAUUUAUCUACCAACUAUUUUCCUUCAUUAGUCUUUGAAAUACAAUUUUCUCGAACAGCUACACGA